GAGCUUUUUUCUUUAAUUAUUUCUUACAGGGGAACACAUAUAGGAAGUAGAAGGAAUGGGUCAAAAAAGAUGGGGAGAUGUGUGGAGACAUGUUUUUGUGAUGGUAGUUGUAUUAGUAUAUCUCAUUGGUGGUGCAACAGGAGCAGCGCCAAAGAAGCCAGUAGCAGUGCCCUUCGGAAGGAACUAUAUUCCCACCUGGGCAUUCGACCACAUUAAGUACUUCAAUGGUGGUUCUAACAUCCAGCUCACACUUGAUAACUACACUGGGACUGGCUUUCAAUCCAAGGGUUCCUACCUCUUCGGCCACUUUAAUAUGCAAAUAAAAAUGGUUCCUGGAGAUUCCGCUGGCACUGUCACUGCCUUUUAUUUGUCAUCACAAAACUCGGAGCAUGAUGAGAUAGACUUUGAGUUCUUAGGGAACAGGACAGGGGAGCCUUACAUCCUACAAACAAAUGUAUUCACAGGGGGUGAGGGAAACAGGGAACAACGUAUCUAUCUAUGGUUUGAUCCUACCAAAGCUUUUCACUCUUAUUCAGUCUUGUGGAAUCUCCAUCAGAUAGUGUUUUUUGUUGAUGACGUUCCGAUUAGGGUGUUCAAGAAUAGUAAAAAAUUGGGAGUCAGAUUCCCUUUCAAUCAACCUAUGAAGAUAUAUUCAAGCCUAUGGAAUGCAGAUGAUUGGGCAACGAGAGGUGGACUGGAGAAAACUGACUGGACUAAAGGCCCAUUCGUGGCUGACUAUAAGAACUUCCAUAUUGAUGGUUGUCAAUCCUCGGUGGAUGCCAAGUUCUGCGCAACCCGAGGCAAACACUGGUGGGACCAAAAGCAAUAUCAAGAUCUUGAUGAUUAUCAGUGGCGUCGUCUCCGUUGGGUUCGGAGAAAAUUCACCAUUUACAACUACUGUACUGAUCGCAAACGUUUUCCCACAAUGCCACGUGAAUGCAAAAUUGAUCGUGAUGUCUAAAUAUAUUCAGUUACAUGUUUUUCUAUAGUAUAAGCAUCCCAAAAACCAAAUGAAUAAAGGAUGAUAUAUGUUC